CAGUCACAAGGAAGAAAGCAAUACAAGUUUAAUCGUACUGCCUUCAUUGCACCAGAUCACUUUCACUUUGACGAUGCAGAGAUGAUCGUAACUUCAGCUGAACAUGGAGCUGCUUAUGUGCAUUUUAAUGACUGUAAUUCCAGUUAUAUCGGAUGGGUUGACUGUGCAUGGUCCCUCUGGUCCUCUGGUUGCUCCUCUGGGAUCUUCAGUGGUGUUGUCCUGUUCUGUAGAUGAACUUUUAUCAGUGGAGGGUCUGGAGGUGGAGUGGAGAAGAACAGACUCAGAUACUUUAGUUCAUCUGUAUCAAGAUGGUGAGAGUCGAGCAGAAGCCCAGCAGCAGGAUUAUCAGGAUAGAGCUCAUUUCUUUACUGAAGAGAUUCAACGUGGAAACUUCUCCCUCCGUCUGGAUGAUCUGAGAGCUGAAGAUGAGGGAGAAUACACAUGUAAAGUUUACAGUCAGCAGGAGUCUAGUGAAACUGUAGUUGAAAUAAAAGUUGAUGAUGUUGAGCGUUUGCUGGUCUCAGGAUCGAGUCGCUCUAUAUCUGCAUCUGUGGGUGAAGACGUCACUCUGAACUGCUCUGUAGACUCUCACAUCACACUUGAAGACAUUGAAGAGGUCUCAUGGAAGAAAACAGAUGAAGAUGAAGAUAUUAUGGUUCUGCUCUUCCAAGACCAAGUGGAUUUACCAGAUUCAUCAGAUGAGCGAUACAGAGACAGAGUUGAGUUCUUCAGUGAUGAAACUCCCAAAUUAAACUUCUCUCUCAGACUGAAGAGCGUCAGAACUGAAGAUAAAGGAGUUUAUAUGUGUGAGGUGUUUGCUGGAGGACUUUCAGCCAAUACAACUGUAGUACUGGAGCAACUGGGUUUCUCAGUUUUACACAUAAUGGUGUUGAUUCUCUGUGUUUCUGCAUCUGGAUCUGCUCUUCUGCUCUGCUGCCUGAUCUACUGCAGAUCUCCUACUAAAGACACAGUCUUCCGCCUUCAGAUGUCUCUAGUUUUCUGUCCAAAUAUUCUGAUGUUUUUAGCUUUUGUCCUCUGGGGUGUUUCUGAAGGAUCUGUGAGUGAGUCGGUCUGUUGUUGUGCUCUUUAUUUUCUGAGGCCUCUCUUGUUGCUCUGGGCAGCUCCAUAUAUUUUUCAUUUCACAGGCAAAAUUAAAACAUGGAUUCAGAAAUACAGUUAUGUGGCAGAAUAUGCUGUUUUCUCAGUUGUGGUUUAUUCAGCUCUUUUCACAAGUGCUUGGCAAAAGCUUCUGAAUUAUGCUGCGUUUGACAGAGCUGUGAUGAUAGUCCUGUUUGUGAUAGUGUUUGUGUGCUGCCUCUGCAAAAUCACUUACAUUUUAGUUACAGAGGUUGGAAAGAAAAGUGGCCGGAUAGUUCAAAUCUUUGAUCUUGUGGCUGAUAUGACCUUUCAAAUCCUGCCGACUCUACAGUUCAUCCUCCUCUUCUACACAUUCGGAGCCGGUGAAGCAGGAUUCAUCAUGAUUGUUAUUUUGCCAGUGUUAAUGAUGAUGACAAAUGAGAGAUGGCUUUAUAGAUGCUAUGGACUCGGCUGUAAGUAUCUGCUGAACUGUGAUCUGAUCUCUGUUUAACUGCUUCAGUCUCUCUGUGAUAUUAAUCAUCA